UGUAACUGUAAAGAUAAUGUAUGAAUUCCAGUGACCACUGGCAGUCUGGCUAUCUCUCUGGGGACCAUGCCUCAAAUGCUGCGUUACCUGUUUCUAGCCUCUGCUGUGCUGCUCUGCAACGCUGCCCCCACCCCCCCGGACAGAGAUGGAGGCUCAGACAUGAAAUGUCCCCUUACAGUAAAAAUUCUGGAUGCAGUGAAGGGGACUCCAGCUGGAUUAGUGGCACUCAAAGUCUCUCAGAAGACUGCUGAAGGAGGAUGGACUCAAAUUACUAAUGGAGUGACGGAUGCAAACGGAGAGAUCCACAAUCUGAUCACAGAGCAGCAGUUCCCAGCAGGAGUGUAUCGUGUCGAGUUUGAUACCAAGACUUACUGGAAGAGUGAGGGGAGCGUGCCUUUCCAUGAAGCAGCUGAGGUGGUGUUUGAGGCUCAUGCUGGGGGACAUCGCCACUAUACCCUUGCUUUGCUGAUCAGUCCAUUCUCCUACACAACCGCAGCGGUGGUCAGCAACGUUCACCAAUGAUAAUGCAUUAGUUUGUUAAUAAAAG